AUGGGACACUGCUGAUGCUGAUGCGAGAGCUUUCGGUGUCUGUGAUCAACAUCGGUGGACUGGCUGCCAAACGAUGGAGCUUUUUAAUCAUAUUUUUACAGCCCUUUUGUUUCGUUCUCGGCUUCGACGCGGGACGCUGUGACGGAUGUGAUUUGUGAGGCGAGGAUCAUCAGAGGGAUUUGACGAGGAAAUAACGGUUUCGUCUCGUCACUCGUCUGGCCUGUCUUGUCACUGACACAGGUGGAUUGGCGCUGGAAAACGGCAACGAAAUGAAGACAUAAUCUCGGACUAUCACAGAGGCGACACUUUUCGUGGUUACCUCCUCAACAGUAGGACAUCGACGCUACCAUUUUGUUUAAUUUUAUCGGGAGACGAAGAAGCUGGACGGUCUGGUGUUAGCUCGCUAAUAGGCUAAUUUCGCUAGCUAGUCAGUUAGCAGCUGCUCCGGCCAAUGGCACGGAAGAAGUGGGAUGCUCGAAGGAGGAGUUAACGUUAGUUGCUAGCAUAAAUUCACUGGAAGGUUUGUUGGCGUUAUGUUUAGUGAAACCGCCUCGCAAUUAGAUAUUCAACAUGACAGCUCGGGGUUAAUUUAAGUGUCGACAACACUGGUCACUGUUUCCUCGCUGCACUUUCGCCUCUUCCGCAAAUUAGCUUGCGAUGGAUAAGAUUGGAUAAGCGGCUAAGAAAGCUAAUGUUGACAAACACCGGGGACUUAACGCGUUAAUUUGUAUUAUUUAAAGCUGGCUCUCGAGCUGAGAUGCUGUCGACCGUUUUUGUCAGUUAAUAUCUGACUCUGAGGUGAAGCAUGUUGACGUUGGAUGUGCUGAAGCUGAAACAUUUGGCACCAACCAGGAGCGGACCUGCCAUGACAGAGAGGCACACAGUAGGUCAACACACAUUAACAUCAACACGGCUAUGAAAGUAGGGUGAAUUUUUAAUUUAGGCAACACUGACAUCGUUUCUAAACCAACCUAACUUACUGAAACUACCCCUGCUCGUCUACUUUAUACUUAAACCAGUCACAACACUUGCCUGCAGCUUUUAUAUGCCAAUGCUUGUGGGACAUCCACACAUUCAUUUUAAGAUGCCACCGGAGAUGUGUGUAGCCAUUUAAAAACAUGGCAUUAAAGCUGAAGAACUGGACAGCAGUGAGAUAAUAUAGCAGCUUUUUGAAGUUAGUAAAGUGGAGCAGCCAGUAUAAAUGGAGCCGACAGUUGUGUCUGGCCCUUUGGGGCACACACAGUGGGAGACAGACCAGCCAUUUCCUCUCGGGUUUCACAAUCUGGAUUCAGACAAUGAAGGUGUGCUCUGUCAAAACAAGAGUGACCAGACAGGUUUGGAUUUCAGAAAAGGCGACCAGUGUGAAACAUCCCAGCAAAACGAUGAAGAAAUUAUAUACCAGGACGAGCCAGUGGAGUUGGACAACCUCAUCAAUAUCACUGGUUUUUCUUGUGGAGAUUUGCAGUUUGAAGGAAAUCAGUGUAGUAUUUCCAAAGCUUCUCUCCAUGGUACUCACAUAGAGGAGUUGUCCUUCACUGAAAAAACUGAAGGACCUGAUGAACUGAGUGACUGCACUUUGUCGUGGCUGUUUUCUCCCAACUUCACUGAUGUGGUUGGGAAAAACCCUGCCCAUGAGGAUCUGAGUCUGACUCAGGAGGCCCAGCUUGAGAGCACAGAUGCCCUCAGUAGUCAGGCUGAGCUAAUAAGCAUCAGCGCACCGGUCUCUCCAUCAAAGAUAUCCGAAAAGAAUCCCGAGACCGACAGGGAAGAUCCAUUUUUAUUGGUAGAUCUCCUCUCAGAUCAACCCCUGGAGUCCUCAGGUGAGGUGAACCCACAGGGUGCUAGUGAGGAGCUGGUAGACCUGUUUCAAGAGACACAGGCAGGUCUCCCUCCCUCACAGAGCAGAGAGACUUUGUCACCUGAAACCGGAGACAAAGGCUUUUUCCCUGAUCAAGUGACCGAUCUGCCUGUUACUUGGAGCACUACCCUGCAAGGUUUACCUGAGAGCUGCCUCCCGCAUAAUCACAUCAACACACCACUGGAGUGUUUCGAAGGAUCUGUGCCUUUGUUGGAUUUAGAGGUUCCAGAUUUCGACAGCAGUCUGAGCCUGUGCCCUGCCAGUCCUCCCUCUCUUAUCUGUACAGGUGCACCAUUAGAUUUAUCAACAGAGGAGUCGGAGGUGGAACACGCAGGAGCUGCUGUAAUUAGAAAUGUGACUUCAGAGCAACAAGGUGAGAAUGACUCACUCGCUUUGGGUUUGUCAGCUGAAGCUUCAUCACUGACAGUGCCUGUGGCAGAAGAUGCCUGCAUCCAGGGUGAUUUCACCAGCGAGAGUAGCUCUGGGCAAAAUGAGUCUAAAGAUUUGAUGGAAGACAAUAUUUGUUCUGAAGCCAAAAAUCAGGGGGAUGAGGCAAUGGCUUUGGAUCUGUGCUUGACUGCUGACGAGGUCCACGAUGAGGACACUUGGGACUUGAAACCUCAGGAGGAUUUACAGAAUGAAAGUGUUCCCGAUCCCACAACUGAACAGAGGGAAGAGGAAAAGUUGACGGACAGUAAAAAGCUGGAAGGAUCAGAUUGUCAUGAAGCUGCCUCUUUUGAUUUUUCAGUUCAGGACUUAGACACUUCUCCUCCCGAGGCCGGAUGGACUAGUGACCAAACUGUUGAGACAAUUUCCCUGUCUAAGAUGGUGGUAGAUGACUCACUGCCAAUGGUCUCAGCUGUGAAUACGAGGGAGGAAGAUGUCUCCCCGUUGAAAGCUGUAUUCGAUGCUUUAGACCAAGAUGGAGAUGGCUUCGUUCGCAUUGAGGAGUUUAUGGAGUUUGCUGCUGCCUAUGGGGCCGAUCAGGUGAAGGAUCUGACCAAGUUUUUGGAUCCCAGCGGACUGGGAGUGAUCAGCUUUGAAGACUUCCACCGUGGGAUCUCUGCAAUCAGCAAUGGAGGUCCCGAGCCACAGCUCUACAAUGUAAACUACAGUCCAGGCGAUGGAGCUGUGGGCUGUCCAGAAGAGUACGACGAGCAAAAUGAGGUGACAGACAGCGCGUACCUGGGCUCCGAGAGCACUUACAGUGAAUGUGAGACCUUCACCGAUGAGGACACGGGUGCCCUCGUACCCCCCGAGAUGCACGAGGAUGUGGAGACGGAUAGCGGCAUCGAGGCCACGCUGCACGACCCUGAAGACGGCGGAAAUAGGUUUUCCCUGAACUCCGAGCUCCAUAACCACUCGCUGGUGACGGUCAUCGGUGGAGAGGAGGAGCACUUUGAGGACUUCGGGGAAAGUAACACCUCAGAGUUGCUCUUGGAGAGCAGCGUGGAGGGGACAGAGGGAGGGGGUGACUCCCCUCUCGUGCAACCACCUGAGCAGAUCAAUGGCUCCUCACUGCUCUCUCCGAGUGCACCUGCUCCUCUCCCUGACUGCUUUCAGAGCUUCCUCAGGGAGGAGGCGCUGGACUUUUUCUGUAGCCAGUGUCACAAACAAAUAAGUCGUCUCGAGGACCUCUCCACCCGUCUCAAUUUCCUAGAGAUGACUAGUGCUGGCAAGAGGCUGUCCAGCAAGAAAGUAGCAAGACAUCUCCUCCAGAACAGCUCGAUGACUCUGGACACCAUGAGUGACUUGACGCGGGACAUCCUGGAGCUCGCCGACAAUGACAUCACAGACAAGGUGCUCCUCCUCGAGCGCCGAGUAGCGGAGCUGGAAAAGGAGUCGGAGGCGUCGGGGGAGCAGCACGCGCGACUGCGCCAGGAGAACCUUCAACUGGUGCACCGGGCCAAUGCCUUGGAGGAGCAGCUGAAGGAGCAAGAGGUCCACGCUGAGGAGCAACAACAGCAGGAGAGCCGUCGUCACAAGGAGGCCUUGACCAAGCUGGAGAGGGAGAGAGGGCUGGAGCAGGAAAACCUGCAGGCCAGGCUGCAGCAGCUGGACGAGGAGAACAGCGAGCUGAGGUCCUGUGUUCCUUGUCUUCGAGCAAAUAUCGAGAGGCUAGAGGAGGAGAAGAGGAAGCUGCAAGAUGAGACUGAAGUCAUGUCUGACAGGCUGCAGGACGAGAUUGAGUCACGCAGGAAGAUGGCUGACAAGCUGAGCCAUGAGCGCCACCAGAGCCAGAAGGAGAAGGAGUGCACUCAGGAGCUCAUUGAGGACUUGCGCAAACAGCUCGAGCACCUACAGCUCUACAAGCUAGAGGCCGAAGCGAAGAGGGGGCGCACACCUGGAGCGGGGCUGCAGGAGUAUCAGACCCGCACCCGUGAAGCAGAGCUGGAGCAGGAGAUCAAACGACUCAAACAGGACAACCGCAGCCUGAAGGAGCAGAAUGACGAGUUAAACGGCCAGAUUAUCAACCUGAGCAUCCAGGGAGCCAAGAAUUUAAUGUCAGCCUCCUUCUCUGACUCCCUGGCAGCUGAGAUCAACAAUGUGUCUCGCGUAGAGUUGAUGGAGGCUGUCCACAAACAGGAGGAGAUCAACUACAGACUCCAGGACUACAUCGACAAAAUCAUCGUGGCCAUCAUGGAGUGCAACCCCUCCAUCCUCGAGGUCAAAUAGACAGCACGCAGCCAGACGGCCACGCACAGUGACUCCUCAGGCUGUUCAAAGUGUUGGAGACUUGGUUAAAAGAAAUCUAUCAAGAAAAGGAUGUAAAAAAUAUUCGGAUAUCAUUUUGGUAGGAAAACGACGACGCACUCAACUCAUCUAACUCACCCCCCAAAAAAAGAAGGAUUUGAGAUUUCUAAGAAGUCUGUGGCUGCUGGUGGAAAAAUAAUUUUCAGUUAGAUAUCCCUCGAGUCUGUGCUUAUUUGUGAGUGUAUAUGUGUUGACCCUCCUGAAUACACUUGGGUUCUGGUGACCUCCAUGUAUUUGGCUAGAGGGACCCGAGUCUCCCCUUGUUGAGUGAAUGAAUUUGUAAGUUACAAGAUUUUCCCGUCCCUUCCCCUCCGAAAAAACAAAGUGUCAACGUUUGAAACAAUCACACAAUUCUACAGAACCGAAAGGCCUUAAACGAAAGGUGAUCCAAGUAUUGAUUAUUUUAAGCAUGCCAUACAUGCCUCAGUUCAGUCAGUGAUGUAUUAACUGGGAUGGUGGUGGUAUGUGGGCUGUGAUCUCCUGAACCAAGCUGAAUCGGGUUUCAAUCACAAGUGAGAAAGCCGUAUGAAGCGCUGGGCGGGAGAUUGAAGCAGCGUUUUAUCUUUUCAAUUUGUCUUUAAUGUGUUUAAAGGGUAGUUGACCCACAGAAUGAUCAUUUGUGUAUGAGUUACUCGUCCUAUGUUUGAUGGAAUUAGUGAAGAAGACUUUGUUUCUCUGGCAUCCACCACAUUGAACCAAGAAUCCAAAAAUGGGAAGAAAAAUCUUGAUUAAUUUAAAUGAUAGGGGUCCAUGUUUAACAACAGCAAAACUAUAUCAGAACAUCCAUUUACAAACUCUUGCAGUAUAAUCCCAGUAUCAUUUCUCUCUUCGUAUGCUCAGUACUUCCUAAACAGACAGCCCUGUCUGACAGGGAGCUGAACUGAAAGCUUUCGUCAAAGCCAGACUCCAUUCAUAAAAGCAGUAAUUUUACCUUGCUAAACACGGGAGCUGCUGGUCUACCACUUCCUCGAUUGGUUAGUUUGUUUGUGUCAUUGUGUGACUUCCCUGUGUCCAAACUAACUUUUUAAAACAUCAACGUCUCACAAUAACACAAACAAACCAACUGAU